GCCCCGCCCUCUUCCCUCAGCCACGGCGAGCCUCGGAGCAGGUAGUGUUGUCGCUCCGAAUCUGUCACGGAAAAAAAAAGGAUGUUUUAGCUGGAUCUACCAAACAUCCGCCCCAGAGUCAGAGUGAUGCUGUCGUCUCCCCUCCGCCGCUGACAGAACCACACGCCGGCGCCGAACGAUGACAUCACCGUCCCCGACCCUCAGUGACAGCAGCGGCUCCUCCAAACAUGACAGCAACCAGGACAGCUGGGAGAUCGUGGAGGGCCUCCGGGGGGCGCCUGUCAGUAUCCAGGAGCCCGACCGCCAACAAGGCUUCCUGCUCAAGAGGAGGAAGUGGCCCAUGAAAGGAUGGCACAAGAGGUACUUCCUGCUGGAGAAGGGCAUCAUGAAGUACGCCAAACGGGAGGGAGACAUAAAGAAGGGAAAGCUCCAUGGCUGCAUCGACGUGGGCCUGUCCGUCAUGUCCAUCAAGAAGAAGGCCAUGUGCAUCGACCUGGACACGGAGGACAACAUCUACCACCUCAAGGUGAAGUCCCCGGAGCUGUUCGAGGAGUGGGUGUCCAAGCUGCGUAACCACCGUGUCUUCAGGCAGAACGAGAUCGCCACGUAUCCGGAGAGACACCUGUUCCAUCCUCACGCCUCCUCCUCGCCCUCCCUCAACGACUCCAUCAGACGGCGGGCCACUCUGACCAAACAGGCGUCCAUCCACCAGGCCAAGGUCAGCUCCUGGCUCCACUCCUCCGAGGACAUGGACAAAUGCUGCAAAGACCUGGAGGAGGCGGAGAAUUACCUGCUGGAGCUGAACCUGCUGCUGAAGAGCAUGGAGGUCAUGCACCGCACCUACUCCGCCCCGGCCAUCACCGCACUACAGAAUGUUCCUCCGUACGACAUUCCCAAGAAAGAGAAAAGACCCAGAAGAUGGCGCUCUAAAAACAACGGCAAAGAAGCCAAAGCCUCCCUACAGGUUCCCAGCUGUAUCUCCUCCAAGUCUCCACGUCUCCACGCGUCCAACCCGAACCUGUCCUCCAGCGAGCCUCAGAUCCAGGAGCCCGGCCCCGAGUCCCCCGACUCCCCCACCCCCGUGUCCAGACUCCAGGAGGACUUCUGCAGACUCGCCAACAACAUUUACUCCAACCUGAAGUCGGCGUACACCUCCCUGUCGUCGGAGAAGGAGCGUCUGAGGCACACCAUCGACCUGCAGGCCCCGCCCCCUCCGCAGGUCAUCGGGCUCAAGACGGCCUACGCGUCUGUGAGUGGACUUUACCGCAACAACAUGAAACGAAAUACAGAAAUGCGUUUGUCGUUGGUUAAAGGUUCCGUCAAAAUAGGAGAUAAAUAUAUAAAUGUGUCUUGUUUUGUCUUGUUUUGUCUCGUGCAGGAGUGUGCGGGCAGCCCUCACUCGCUCGUGCACCAGGCCUCCAACGAGAGCAGAGUCUCCAUCCCAGACUCCAUCUCUGAGUUCUUCGACGCUCAGGAGUAUCUGCUGUCCUCCUCCUCUUCGGAAAAUGAGGUGUCGGACGAUGACUCCUACAUCAGUGACGUCAGCGACACCGUCUCCAUGGAUACGUGCGACGGCGCCACCCACAGGCAGUACUCCGUGUCGAGUGAGGCUCCUCUGGUCCGGCGGCGUUCCACUCUGCCCUCCCCGUGUCCCAGCAGCAGCGUGUCCGUGUGGAACAUCCUCCGGAACAACAUCGGGAAGGAUCUGUCCAAGGUGGCGAUGCCCGUCCAGCUGAACGAGCCCCUGAACACACUCCAGAGACUCACCGAGGAGCUGGAGUACUGCGAGCUCCUGGACACCGCCAACCGGACCCACGACCCCUACCAGCGCAUGGUGUAUGUGGCGGCGUUUGCCAUCUCUGCCUACGCCUGCACCUACCACCGAGCAGGAAGCAAACCCUUUAACCCUGUGCUGGGGGAGACCUACGAGUGUGACCGACCCGAUAAAGGAUUCAGGUUCAUCGCAGAGCAGGUGAGUCACCAUCCUCCUGUGUCGGCCUGCCACGCCGACUCAAAGAACUUCACCUUUUGGCAAGAUGUGCGGUGGAAAAAUAAAUUCUGGGGCAAGUCGAUGGAGAUUGUUCCCAUGGGAACCACUCAUGUGACCCUACCAGAGUUUGGAGACCACUACGAGUGGAACAAAGUGACCUCCUGUAUCCACAACAUCCUGAGCGGUCAGCGCUGGAUCGAGCACUACGGAGAAAUGACCAUCAGGAACAGCAACAGCAACGAGUGCCAGUGCAAAGUCACCUUCAUCAAGGCGCGGUCGUGGAGCUCCAUCGUGAACGAGGUGGAGGCCGUGGUCACAGACUCCACUGGGGCGGUCGUCACCAGUGUGUUUGGGAAGUGGCACGAGGCGCUUUACCAGGGCUCUCCUCCCUCUGCCACCUGCCUGUGGAGAGCCAACCCCAUGCCUGAGGAGCACGAGCAGUACUACGGUUUCACUCAGUUCGCUGUGGAGCUGAACGAGCUGGACGCCGCUCUCAGGCCUCUGCUGCCCCCUACUGACACGCGCUUCAGGCCGGACCAGAGGCUGCUGGAGGAGGGGAACACAGAGGGCGCCGAAGAGCAGAAGCAGAGGAUCGAGCAGCUGCAGAGGGAGAGAAGAAAAGUGCUCCAGGACAACAACAUGAUGCACCAGCCACGAUUCUUCAAGAAAAGCAGGAAUGACACUUGGAUUAGCAACAACUCGUACUGGGAGCAGAGGAGAGAUCCCGGCUUCAGUAAGAUAGACUUCCCCGUGCUUUGGUGACCCCUGGAGAACCUCUGAGGAACCUCCAAGGAACAUCUGAGGAACCUCUGAGGAACCUCUGGAGAAGCUCUGGAGAACCUCUAGAGACCCUCUGAGGAACCUUUGAGGAACCUCUAGAGACCCUCUGAGGAACCUCUGGAGAAUGUCUAGAGACCCUUUGAGGAACCUCCAAGGAACCUCUGGAGAACCUCUAGAGACCCUCUGAGGAACCUCUAGAGACUCUUUGAGGAACCUCUGAGGAACCUCUAGAGACCCUUUGAGGAACCUCUGAGGAACCUCUGGAGAACCUCUAGAGACCCUCUGAGGAACCUCUAGAGACCCUUUGAGGAACCUCUGGAGAACCUCUAGAGACCCUCUGAGGAACCUCUGAGGAACCUCUAGAGACCCUUUGAGGAACUUUUGAGGAACCUCUAGAGAUCCUCUGAGGAACCUCUGGAGAAUGUCUAGAGAUCCUUUGAGGAACCUCUGAGGAACCUCUAGAGACCCUUUGAGGAACCUCCGAAGAACCUCUAGAGACCCUUUGAGGAACCUCUGAGGAACCUCUAGAGACCCUUUGAGGAACCUCUGAGGAACCUCUAGAGA